UGUGUCUCAUAUUUCUCAACUCAAAACGUAAGUCAUGCCUAUGUUUAUGAAGCCAGGGGAAGACAUUAAAGACAUUGAUAAAAGCAUAAAGAAUAAAUGGCGCUGGGCUUGGAUUGAGGAUGUGGGUAGCGACGGAAAGCCCUUUGGAAGCUGGUGUCAAAAACUCUGGCAACCAGGAGCAUGCUAUUGCACUGUGUGUGCCAGAAAACUAAUGUAUGGAACUAGCGGGAAAAAAGUACUUUCACGGCACGAAUUAGACCCUGUUCACAAAGCAACAGUCAGAGCACUGCAACACACCUCACGUUUGCCAGGGGCAACAGCCACGGCAUCUAUUCCACCCUCAAUGACCGAUCGUGUGACCGAUUUAAAAAUUCGCUUGUGCUCCUUCAUUGCUGAGCUUGACCUGUCAUUUAAUAUCGCCCACCCACUCGUCACUUUAUGUAAAAAAUUAGCGGAGAAUAGACCCGCCCUGGCGCAUCUGUCUGUCUCCAGGCAGCACGCAAGCUAUCUUCUUACACAUGGCAUCUCGCCAGAGUUUAAAAAUCGUCUGUCUGAGAAGUUUAAGAAUGCCAUGUUUUCAGUCAACAUUGACGAGGCCACGGACAAAAGUAUGGAUAGAAUUCUUAUGUACUGGUCCGAUUUUAUGACGAGGAUGCAGGCAGUGUGAAAACACAGCAUCUUGCCAGCAAAAAAGUCAAUAUUGCAAAUGCCUCAGCUUUGAUGCUGGAACUAAAUGACGUCCUGCACUCAUAUGGGCUAGAGUGGAGGCAGGUCACCAGUAUGCUACUAGACAAUUGCGCAGUGAUGAGGGGGAAGAAGUCGGGGCUUGAGACCCUAGCUAGAAAGGAGAACCCCAAUCUGUUGGACAUUUCGGGAGACACUGUCCAUAUGGUGUCAAAUGCGGCUAAGGCUCUCAUGAGCCCAUUUCAAUCAGAGGUGGAAGAUUUUUGCUCUGAUGUUCAUUAUGACAUAGAGAAGUCCCCCAAGCAGAAGGAGAUUUUUGCACAAUUUCAGAGUUUACUCCAUCUCAACCCCCAAAAUAAGGCCCAUUAGUAACCGAUUCAUUCAGAUGCUUGAAGUCUGCAGUAGAAUGAAUGAACUCCUGGAUGUACUCGUGGUGCACUACUAUCAUGUCAUGGACGCAAAUGAGGAACACAAAUACAGGUAGGCCUAAUAAAACUCUUUUAAUAAUAACAGGUGUAACAAGUGUGUAUUUAAUGUCUGUUAUUUAGUUUAGUUAUUUUUAGCUCAUUAUCGAAUGUACAGGAGGCCUAAUGAUGCAACAUCUUUUAAGAUAUUUUUUAAAUGAUUACUGUAGGUGUUAGGAAAAUAGCAAAUUAGCAGCAUAUUAAGGUAAUAGGCUAUAUAGUUACAUAAACGUGUGUGUGUGUGUGUGUGUGUGUGUGUACUACAGAAGGCUUCUUAAUCAGGUGUUUGAGCGGCAUGACCUCACAACUGAGGAAAAGGCCAGGAUAGUAGUUCUUCAGAAAGAACAGGCAGCAGCGUCCCGGACGGGAACACAAGUUAACCAAGACCGAAAAGAUUGGAUCUCUGUGGUCAUUUCAGAGUUCGAAAGAGUAAAAGUCAUGAUUGACUUAUACAGAGGGGUCCUUCUGACAUUUCAGAGAUUUGUCAAAGAGCUUCAACAUGAAAAGCCAAUGGUGCAUUUGUUGCAUGUGGAAAUGGUGGCCCUUGUUAGAGAGCCCCUGAGCAAAUUUAUGAGACCAAAGGCUAUUCCACUGAGUCACAAGGAGAUUCUCAAGGUUGAUGUACGGAGCAGGGAUUUGCAACUGUCAAACCAGAGGCUCUCUGUUGGACAAUUCUGCUCUCUGUUGGACAAUUCUGCUACAAUGCAAUGAACAAAGCUCGUGUGGAGAGGAAGGUAUGGGUUGGACAUAUCUAUGACUCUCUCAGAGAAGGGUAUAUGAGGUCAGCAGAGUUUCUGCUAAAAAACCUUCCCCUGGAUAACAUCAUAUUAACAUCACUCUCUGCUCUGACGCCGUCUCUAAUUCAAUCCGAUGCAGUUGUUGGAGCAUUCACUACAUUAGGAGAGGCCUUGCCAAAUGUUGUCCCUCCAGAAGAGAUCGGUCAACUGGUUGAAGAAUGCCGGGCCUACCAGAUGGAUGCGGACAUGCUUCUUCGUGUACCAAACUACAUUGAAGGGGACUGUCUAGUUGAUGUAGACUGGUGGAGCCAUGUUGCUUCUUUGAAAAAUGCAGAGAGAGGUGUGAAGUAUCCCACCCUGUGCAAACUUGUUAAAGCGAUUCUGUCCAUUUUUACAGGCCCCUUGGUGGAAGGAUCAUUCAAUUUAAUGGAUGAUAUCCUAGAGUCUGACAGGUGCUCCAUGAAUGUGGAAACAUACGAGAGCCUCGCAGUGAUCAAGUCCACACUUAAGGCCAGGAACUGGACAGCCUCAACUAUGAACAUUGACCAGCCUUUAAGGCGAUCCUGCCUUUCCUCAUUCCAAAACUACCAAUUACAUUUAAAGAAAAAGAAAGAGACUGCACAGGCACUAAAGAAGAAAAGGCUUAGUGAGGCAGCAAGGAUUCUAUCCUCAAAGGAGGCAAACAAAUUGUCUCAACAGGCCCGAAAAACCAAAAGGCCAGCAAUAUCCUCCUCUGCACAAACCUCCACCUCCUCUGCACAAGCCUCCACCACCUCUGCUCAACAGGCCCUGGAAAAAAGAAUACCACCCCAAUCCUCCUCUGUACAAGCCUCCACUUCCUCUGCACAAGCCUCCACCACCUCUGCUCAAAAGGCCCUUGAAAAAAGAAGACCACCCCAACCCUCCUCUGCACAAGUCUCCACAUCAUCUGCACCAUCACAGUUUUUUCCUCUCUUUUAUCAAUCCAAAGCAUCAUCAACCAUGUUAAAAAGGAAAGGUUCCGAGGACCAAAAACAAUGUUCAUCAAAAAGGAAGAAAUGAAGGGAGGGAGACAUGUUUUCCACACUGUCUUUUACAGUUAUUUAUUUUGGUUUUUCAAUUGUUUUUCAGUGGUCACCAUUUGCAUGUUUAGAAAAA